CUAAGCUAAUAUGUGCUGAGGUAUCCUGCAGAGCUGUUUAUCUCCCACCAUACAACUUGACACUUAAUGGUAUUUUUUAUCUGAUUGAGUUUUAGUUUUUCUUGUUACUUUUAUUGCUCAGAUUUUGUAAUAAUGAGUGGAAGACUAAAAGUGUAUUAACUGGCAAAUUCAAAAGCCAUAAUAUAGUAUCCAAUGAAAGCUUUAGAGGAAGUCACCUGAUUGCUUCUGGGUGCAUAUAAAGGCAUAUAAAAGAAGUAAGAAUUUAGCUUUACAGACAAAGUGGAAUCAUGAGGUUCAUUCUUACCUUUCUAGGGUUCCUUUUUACAUCUCUGGGAGGUUUCCUCACACAUUCCUUUGACAGUGACAAAGUAUUUCGAGUGAAACUUGAGAAUGAAAAUCAACUAAAUGUCUUGAAGGACCUGGCCUCUACAAUACAGUUUGACUUUUGGCAUCCUCAUUCUGUUCAACAUGUUCUUAUUGGAAAAGAAGUGGAUUUCAGAGUCAGUUCAGACGAGACAAACUUUGUUCAAAAGAUCCUGGAGCAAAAUCAAAUCCAAUACAGAAUUUUAUUCCACAAUCUACAAGAUGAAAUUGAGAAACAGUUGGAUGGAGGGAAACAUUUCCGUAAGAAGUAUUUCUACACAAGAUAUAAUGAGUGGGAAAAGAUCGCUGCAUGGACUAAACGAAUGGCCAAAAAACAUGCCAAACUAAUCUCCAGGAUUGAGAUUGGAAAGACUUAUGAGGAUCGGCCUAUGUAUGUCCUUAAGGUUGGGAAACAGAGUUACCAAAAGAAAGCUAUAUUUAUGGAUUGUGGUAUUCAUGCACGAGAGUGGAUCUCGCCAGCCUUUUGCCAAUGGUUUGUAAAGGAGGCUGUCACAACUUAUGGAAUAGACAAGGACAUGACACUACUCUUAGACAACAUAAAUUUCUAUGUUCUCCCUGUGUUCAACGUAGAUGGUUAUGUCUGGACAUGGACCAAAGACCGUAUGUGGAGAAAGAACCGUUCCAAUAACUCUAACAGUGAUUGCAUCGGCACUGACCUAAACAGGAAUUUCAACGCUUCAUGGGGCUCAGACAACUAUGAGGAAGAAUUGCGUGACCCUUGUGAAUUGGUAUACUGUGGUUCCUCAGCUGAAUCUGAGCCAGAAACAAAGGCAGUCACAACCUUUAUUCGGGCACACCUUGCUUCUAUCAAAGGAUAUAUAACCAUCCACGCCUAUUCUCAGAUGCUACUUUUUCCUUAUGGCUAUACAGAAGAAAAAACACCUAUUCAUGACAAACUGAAUAAAUUGGCUAAGGAAGCUGUGGGUGCUUUACGUAGCCUCUAUCAAACAGAGUAUAUAUAUGGAGCAAUCGCAACCACAAUUUAUCCUUGUUCUGGAGAUUCCACAGAUUGGGCUUACAAUGAAGGAAUAAAAUAUUCGUUCAGCUUUGAACUUCGUGACCGUGGCCAAUAUGGUUUUCUCCUGCCUGAAAGUCAGAUAAAACCUACCUGUAUGGAAACUAUGCUGGCAAUCAAAGUACUUGCCAAGUACAUUGUCAACAAUGAUCAGUGAACACUUGGUCACACUUCCUUACAAAAUAAAUUCUCUCUUUCUUGGCUGCAAUUGUCUCCUUGAUUCUACCAGUAAUUAUAGAUUCUCUUUUCUGAUUUUUCUAUUCCACUGAUAUUUUGUUGAGUUUCCCUUUGAUGUCUUUCAGCACUAAUUAAACUUUGAAAAUGCAGUGUGAAGGACAAAUUUCCUAAUGGAUUUAUUUUAUUCAAGCAUAUGAAAGACAUUUGCUG